AAGGAUAAAAAAAAAAAAGAUUCCAUAAUUUCGAGGGGAAGCUCUGUUCCUAUCCCGGCGGGCGCAAGUCACUCUCCGGCGAAAAAUCAUUUUUUUUUUAGAUAAUAGGAAGCGAAUUUUCGUAUCUACAGAUUGUGUAUAAUCGAUGGCGGCAAGCGCGAAUCCGUCAGGGAACAACCAGGAAGGUUCGUCGGCGGCGGCGCAGAAGGUAUCGUCUUCAUCUGCGGCGGCGGCGACGAACGGCGGUGGUGUGAAUUCGGUAGAUAAUAAUGGUGGGACGGCGGUGGAUAAUAAUUCGUCGCAGCAGACGAUAAGCGCGUUGAGGCAUAAUCCGGGGAUCUCUACGGAUUGGACUCACGAGGAGCAAUCCUUAUUGGAAGAUUUGCUCGCAAAGUACGCGUCGGAGCCUACGAUUGUUCGGUAUGCGAAGAUUGCUAUGAAAAUGAAGGAUAAGACUGUUAGAGAUGUUGCUCUCCGUUGUAGAUGGAUGACUAAGAAGGAAAAUGGAAAGCGUAGGAAAGAAGACCAUUCCUCAAGGAAGAGCAAAGAUAAGAGAGAAAAAACUACGGAUACUUCUGCAAAGUCAUCAUCUCAUUUGAAUCUGCAUCCGAAUGGUCCUGCAUACGCUUCUCCUAUGAUGCCGUUAGAUGCUGAUGAUGGCAUUUCAUUUAAAGCUAUUGGUGGUGUGAGUGGAGAUCUUCUUGAACAAAAUGCUCAGAUGUUUAACCAGGUUUCAUCGAAUUUCUCAGCUUUCCAGAUACAUGAUAACGUCAAUAUCUUGUGCAAAGCUCGAGACAAUAUCCUCGCAAUAUUGAACGACUUGAAUGACAUGCCGGAAGUUAUGAGGCAGAUGCCAGCUCUUCCUGUGAAGUUGAACGAGGAGCUGGCGAAUUCAAUCCUCCCUCGUCCUCCACCUCCCCAUCAAAGGAAGUCGUGAUAGAGACCAUCUAUGUUUUGGUUCUGACCAAAAACUCUCUCUCUAGUCCGGGGAAUCAAUGAAGAAAAGAAUAAAUGACGGGAUGUAAAGAGUUCCACUGGUAAUGGAUAUGAUAGGAUGCAGGUUUUCUCACUAGACUCUUUUGCAGUUUCAGUGGAUGUUUUUAGCAAAAUGGUUCGUUGAUACAUGAGUAGUAGAGUUGUAUUUGUCGUUUAGGAUGAUGUGAAUAGACUGUAUAAAAUUUGGUUUCAAGCUUCUAAGGUUUGAGGGUU